AAAACGUACACGCGAUCGAGUUCCUCAGCUGUCUAGCUCAGAAGUUGCGUUCGCGAGGAUUAGGGUUUCAAUACUGAGCUACAAUGUCCGAUUACGCUUCGCCUGAGAACGAAGGAUCCGAGCCCGGAGGCCUAGAUGCCCGCGACUCGCAUCAGAAGCACAAUUCACGUGGAUCAGAUCAUGAGAGAUUGAGGAUUAGAGAUAAAAAUCAGUAUAGGGAAAAAGAUGGAGAUCGCCAUCACAGGAACUACAAGGAUAGAAGUACAAAAGAUGAUAACAGAGGUGGCAAGUAUGAUGAUUAUGACCGCCAUCAAAGUGGUCAUUAUAACAGACACCAUUAUUCUGAUCGAGAAAGAGAAAGGAGACAUAGACGUAGAUCGCGUUCCCGUUCUAGGGAUGGAUCUAGGAAUGAAUCAUCUAGAUCGCACUCUCGUUCCCGUUCUCAUUCAGAAAGCAAAAGGACAAGUGGUUUUGACAUGGCACCACCCGCUGUUUCUGGGCUGCCUGGUGCUGCUGUUCCAGUUCAACCACCAGUUGUUUCUCAAUCAAUGCCAGGAAUAAUACAGAACAUGUUACCUUUUGGGACACAGCUGGGAGCUCUUCCUCUAAUGCCAGCCCAAGCCAUGACCCAGCAGGCUACAAGACAUGCUCGACGAGUAUAUGUUGGUGCUUCCCCCCUGGCCAACGAGCAGACAAUUGCAACUUUUUUUAGCCAAAUCAUGGCUGCAAUUGGUGGAAAUUCUGCUGGUCAAGGUGAUGCAGUAGUCAAUGUCUACAUUAAUCAUGAAAAGAAGUUUGCAUUUGUGGAGAUGAGAACUGUUGAAGAAGCAAGUAAUGCAAUGGCAUUAGAUGGGAUUAUAUUUGAGGGGGUUGCUGUGAGGGUGCGAAGGCCUACAGACUACAACCCUGCAUUAGCUGCAGCACUUGGUCCUAGCCAACCAAGUCCUCACCUUAACUUAGCGGCUGCUGGGCUUACACCGGGUGUAAUUGGUGGAGCAGAGGGACCUGACCGUAUUUUUGUUGGUGGGCUACCAUACUACUUUACUGAAGUACAGAUUAGGGAAUUGCUGCAGACUUUUGGACCUCUCCGUGGGUUUGAUCUUGUUAAGGAUAAAGACACAGGAAACUCUAAAGGAUAUGGUUUCUGCGUGUAUCAGGAUCCAGCUGUGACAGACAUUGCUUGUGCUGCUCUUAGUGGCUUGAAAAUGGGUGAUAAAAUCCUAACAGUCAGGCGUGCUACUGCAAGUGCGGGGCAGUCCAAAACAGAACAGGAAAUGAUCUUAGCGCAGGCACAACAGCAUAUAGCUAUGCAAAAAAUGGCUUUGUUGACUGGUGACGUGAACCUUCCUGGAGUUGGGAUGGCACCUAUAACAAAUGCAGAGACUCUGACUAAAGUCUUAUGUUUGACUGAGGCGGUAACUGUGGAUCAACUGAACGAUGAUCAAGAGUACGAAGAAAUAUCAGAAGACAUGCGAGAUGAAUGUAGCAAAUUUGGAACUUUGGUGGACAUAACUAUUCCUCGUCCAAAUCAAAACGGAGAGCACAUCCCAGGUGUUGGAAAGGUGUUCUUGGAAUAUUCUGAUAUUGCUGGGUGUGCCAAUGCAAGGAAUGCACUUAAUGGGAGGAAAUUUGGAGGCAACGUGGUGAAUGCCUUCUAUUAUCCAGAAGACAAAUAUCAUAUCAGGGACUACGGGGCUUAAACUACGACAAUGUGCGGUAAUUUACUCCUUAUGUAUUGACAGCAUGUAAUAUCUUCUUCUUUUUUUUCCUUUUUUUUUCUAAUUUAUGGAGAGAGACAGCUUAUAGUUUUUGUCCUUUGCUUUGGCUUUUGUUUUUUUGUUUUUCUUAUUGGGCCCAGCCCAGGCAUUAUCUGUAGUACUUGGGCUUUGCCCUCCCUUUUCUAUUCUGGUAAUUGUACGUAUACAUUAUAUAUAUAACAAGUCAGAUGAUUAGCUCCA